AUACAGACUGCUUCUACAAACAUUUGUGAAAGACUGUGCAAUAAGCCCAUCCGUGACAUUUCCUUGCUACUAAAUAUUCCACGGUCAACUGUUAGUGGUAUUAUAAUAAAGUGGAAGCAACUGGGAACAACAGCAACUCAGCCAUGAAGUGGUAGGCCACGUAAAAUGACAGAGCGGGGUCAGCGUAUGCUGAAGCACACAGGGUGCAGAAGUCACCGACUGUCUGCAGAGUCAAUAACUAAAGGCCUCCAAACUUCAUGUGAACUUCAGAAUAGCACAACAACAGUGCAUAGAGAGCUUCAUGGAAUUGGUUUCCAU